AAUCAUUAGCGUCACUGCACCGGUAACUCAUUUUCAGCAUAAAGUAGAUUUCGAGGUAGAUUUGGGCCAUUUUGUAAAAAGAAAAGACCAUGAUCAAGAUAUUCCUGCUCUUUUGGUUUCUUCACAGUUCAAAAGCUUGUGUUGGCAUUGCCCCAAAUGAUGUGAUUGGAAACAAAGGAGAAUACUGCGGUGAGAGAAUAAAGCUCACUUAUCCACAAGGAACUCAAGUAACUGGGUUUGAGCUACUAGUGAAGGGAGAUGGGAAUGACUGCAGUGUUAAGGAGAGGAUCUCUGUUCUGAGUCAACCAACAUUGAUUAAAGCUAAAAGCAAUGCCUGCAUAUUAAACAUCACAUUCGCAAGCAACACACUCACCAUUGCCUCUCAAGUAUCUGUGUGUAUACAAGGUGCACUUGGAAUUGACUGCAGUAGCCACAACAUUGAGACAGAUAUUAACAUUAAAAAUAACAUCAAAACCGUGAGGUCAAUAGGUGAGAAGGCCAGUAGUAGGAGGCAGGAUGGGAAACAAGCUCAAAGAGAAGAGGGGGCUCUGUUGAGUCUUGGACUAUCCUUCAUCUUAGUCAUUACUAUUGGAGGAACAUUGCUAAGUUGCUGUUAUCAAAAAAGAAAAGCUAACUAUGAGCCACAAUUAGCGUUAGAUCCAGAGGCUAAUGGACUAACUGACUCCAGCUACAAUAGCCCAUACAAUGACACUAUAAAGAGUAUCAGUUAUAGCACACGUGGAUCAACCUUGGAGCAUAGCAAUGGUUUUUAUCCAGUCCCUUCCACCUCACCGAUUAGUGUUUCAUUUUGUGGAGCUAAUCGUCAAUCUCAAGGAAGUCAAGUCUACAUAUCUCCAGCUCUUCUCAAUAUUCCUGAUGUACCUCCGAUAAUGCCUCCGCCUCGAAACAGCAAAGUCUCAAUAUCACUUGAAAACAUCAUUGAUCUAGGUCAUGCUGACACUCUCAAUCGGUUUAAUAUCGACCAUAAAAGAGAUCAAGAGGAGGAAGGUAGACACUAUGCUGUACUAGAAGAGCCUGUGGGCAUCAUGCAAGGAAGAGAAGAAAGAAGAGAGAGCAAUCAUUCACAAAAAGAUGUAAUUGACGAUGAACUUGUAGAAACAACAAGUGACGAGAAGCGUACUUAUUUUGUACUAGAUGUGACUGUUCCUGAUUUAGAACAACAUGAUCCAGGGAGAGGGGACGAAGAUAUACAACCUGAGGAUUCUUUAUCAAGUAGAAUUUAUCACGUUCUUGAUCCAGUGUCUUCAGCAUCACCUGAUUCGCCUCCUCUCUGCUCUGUGUGUCAUAAUCCAAUUAAUGAGAAUGAGGAUGAGUCUUUAUAUCUUGUUAUACUACCAGAUGGGGAAAAGUCGGUCAGUGCUUCACUAGAGCAGUCACAAGAUGCUAGUUCAACUACAGAUGAUCCCAUUUAUCAGGUAUUGGAACAGCCUUCUCUUAUAUGUCAGUCUUGUUUAUGCUCUGAAGAUGAACCAAUCUAUCAUGAAUUAGAAAAGCCAGAUCCUAUAUAUGACAGAGUUAGGAACAUCAUGAGGCAAGGGACGUCAAUAAACAGCGAUGGCUCUUCGCAGCACUUAUACUCUACAGUGCAUAGCCUUGACAUAAAUGAAGAUCCUAAUAGUAGCAGUCUUGAUCCUAUUUCUUCAAAAAAGAGAGUUUAUCUGCGUGACAUAAAGAACGCAGUCAGCUCAGGAGAUUAUGCAAGUAUUCCUAAUGACGUACACCCUCCAGAUUCACAGAGGAGCUCGUCUGGAGCGAAGAAUCAAGAACGCACCACAAGGAAAGCAAAAGGACUGAGCUCAUUACAACGAUCUCUCUCACAGACGCACUACACUCCAUUCAUCAUUGCACAGAGAAAGAAAUCUGGUUCCUACCAUGUACUGAAUGUUGACGAAAUCUGGAAUCACCAGCAAGCCAAUCGCUAUGCGCCAGUAUCAAUAGUCAUGCGUAAGCAGUCACAGCCUCGUGGUUUUACAAGGAAAGGUGCUAGCAUGAAAUCAAGAAAGAGCUACAUUCGUGACCAGUUGAUUGAAGGCCCAUCAUACAAUUCUACCUACGAAGUACCAGUACCUUGCAGGGCGACACCUACUCCACCAAAACCUGAUACUGCUGCCUCUACUGAGAGUAAAGCAAUGCCUGCCUCGGUAACAGUAGGCCAGGCUAUACCACCUCCAGCCCUCCUGAGUAAGAGACUGUCACGUCAAGAUGCUCUUGUAAUUUCAGCCGAAGGAAAAGAAAGGAAAUUAUUUACAGUGAGGAGCGAGCCUUGCCUUUCAUCCAACAGUGACGAUUACGAUCACCUUGAUGUACUGUCACAAGCUUCAUCUUCUCCACUUCCACCUCCAUUCUCUCCUCUUCCUUCAUGUGCUUCUCCCUCAAAGAACCCGUUUAAGAGGACCUUCUCUUCUCCUAGUUACUCUCCUUUGCGUCGUAAAUCAACAGAUACCAAGUCUUUUCCACUAAAAACACAUUUACUGUCUGAAAGUGAGGAAGAUGACGAGGAGGAAGUAUAAUGAUAACGAAAUCAAAUAUUAAAAAAUUUCAUAUCAUUGGUAUAAAACUAUAAUAUUUAUAAUACAAUAUAUAAACUUAUAAAUUUUUAUUAAAAGUCGAGUUGUGUGUCUAUGUUUGUAUGUAAGUAUCAAAAUCAAAAUGAGAAUUUUAUUAUUAUUUUUACAAAA